CGCUUUACGCUCAGUUGAAAUAAGAGGUCUAGCAAAUAAUAUGAAUGUCGAGAUGCAUUUCGUGCCUGCAAACCAUAGUGAAAGCAAUGGUAUGGUCGAAAGAUUUCAUUCAACACUGGCUGAAAUUUUUCGAUGCAUAAAACCCCAAUAUGCGGAUCUAACUAACAAAGAAAUUUUCCGGAUAGCUUCUACGCUAUACAACAAUACGAUUCAUUCAGCAACUGGACUGAAACCCCGCGAAAUCUUUUAUGGAAUCAAAGAUGGGCACGAACGGCCUCUUAACAUUAAUGAAAUGCUAGAGGAACGACACAAAUUCUAUGACGAGGUAAUUUUGGCAAAUGAAAAAACACAAAAGAAAAAUUUAGACUACCAUAACAAGGGUAGAGAAGGGAAACCUCACAUAGAUAUUGAUGACAUAGUCUUUAAAAAGAUUCAAGGAAUCAAGCAAAAGACUAAAGAAAAGUAUCAACCGACCAAAGCUAUUGAAGAUAAAGGAAGAGCAAUCCUCGAUAGGUCUGGACGGGAGAUCCAUAAAGAAAAUAUUAAAAGACUAUAAACUAAUAGAUUUUUAUUUUCAGGAUGGAACUACUCAUCAUCAUCAUUAUGAUUUUCCUGCCCUUAUCCUUUCCCAAAUUCAUACAACUACACGAUAUAACUAACAACCCAGGAGCACUGACUCUCAGUGCAGGAGAAGGUAGAAUUCUGGAAGGAUAUAACCGACUAUUUCAUACAGUCGAUCUUAAAGAGUUAGGAGCUACCAUUGACAUUUUGGAUCAAGUUAUACUCAAAAUUAAUAGUUCGACAGGAGAUUUUUCUCAAAUCAUUCAUAUUAGACUUAAGGAAGUUAAAAAUGUUUAUAAAACCCUUCUCCCGGAUGCAUACAGAAAUAAACGAUCAAUUGAAACACUAGGCAGUGCUAUAAAAUUCCUCACAGGUAAUUUAGACGCAGAUGACUUGCGACAAAUCGAUUAUAAUAUUGAUGCUAUUAAACGAUCUGAAACCAAAUUAAUGAGUGAAAACAAUAAACAGAUCAUAAUUAACUUAGAGUUUCAAAAUUCUCUGAAAAAAUUAAGUGAUGAAGUUAAAAAACAUCAGAAUCUUAUCCACAAGAUCAACACGCAAAAAGGCUAUCUAGUAACAGAAAAUGCUAAAAUUUCGAUUCUUUUCCAGUUAGAUCUUGUAUUGCAAACUUUAAGAACUAUAGAAAAUGGAAUAGCACUUGCCAAACUUAAUAUUGUUAACCGACAACUUUUAUCAAUUAAUGAAUUAAAAAUUAUUGCAGAUCAAUUAAAACAGGUAGAUGUUAGAUUGGAUAGUUUAGAAGAUGCGUACAAUUACCUCUCCGUGACAGCAUUCUACCAUGGACAUCAUCUUAUCAUCAGUAUUGACAUCCCCAGAGUAUCUCCCAUCAUAUACGAGCGAAUGAUUAUCGAACAAUUGCCUAUUCAGAACAAAACUGUUAACAUCGGAUACCAUACAGUUCUCAUUAAUGCAAAUAUUACAUUUGCUAUACUGACUGAACUCGAACCAAUAGCCAAAGUCUAUAUUUACAAAAGAAAUGAACUUUCGAAUAUUACUAACGAUUUGUGCAUUGCACCUUUAGUUCGCGGACGAAGUGGAAAAUGUCCCUUCAAAGAAACGCCGCCUGCUACAGAAUUAAAACUCUUGACUUACGGAACACUAGUAGUCAAAGCCACACUACAAAAUGUGGUUAUGAGUAGCACUUGCGGUAUAAACCAUAAAGAACUAAAAGGAAACUAUUUGAUAAUCUUUCACAAUUGUUCAGUGAUUAUUCAAGACAGGCUGUUCGAAAACCUUGAACUAACCUUCAAGCAUCCAGUCAUUUCACCACUCGAAACAUAUCAAAUAGAUGAAACUCACCUGGAGCGAUAUUACAACACUUCAUAUUUACAUGAAAUGCACAUCCAAAACCGACAACACCUGGAAUCACUAAAAUUACAGCAUUUCUCAUCAACUGCAGCAUUCAUCAUUUUUGUCUCGAUAAUCAUAACUGUUUUAGUCUAUCGACAGCGUAACGCGAUAACAGCAUUCAUUAAAGGACGCACGGGCCGUGCUUCUUUAGGGGAUGGAGUAGUUAGCAACCAAGCCAUAGCCGAGGACCCAACAUCAACAAUUAUGUUCCCACCGUUCCAGCAUAACACGAUACCGAGCGACGUGACAAUUUCAACAACAUCUCUAUUCCCAGCAGAUCGGACUUCCCGGAAUCCCAGUAAUAGUGCGCAUUAGAUUGAGGUUCUAAACUCUGUAGAGAAUAGGAAUAAAGUUAGUUCUAGUUUAAUCUCCAA